CUCCCUUCGACUCUAUCUGUCUGUGCCGUCAAUCGCAGAUUCGCUUGGUUGGGUAUUCGCCGCCGGUUACUGCCGUCGCUCCUGUUCUUCGCGUUUGGCCUCUCGUUUCGUUGAUCUCCAAUACGCAAUCGCUGGAAGUUCUGGGAAGCAGACAAAGAUGAACACGGACAUCACAGCGUUGGAGAAGCCUCAGUACCCUGUCAUUGAUCGGAACCCACCAUUUACCAAAGUGGUCGGAAACUUCAGCAUGUUAGAUUACCUCCGCUUCUCGACCAUAACCGGUAUCUCAGUCACAGUUGGUUAUCUAUCCGGGAUAAAGCCGGGAAUAAAGGGGCCAUCGAUGGUGACGGGUGGGCUGAUCGGGCUGAUGGGAGGUUUCAUGUACGCUUACCAGAACUCGGCGGGUCGGCUCAUGGGUUUUUUUCCUAAUGAUGAUGAGGUUGCUCGAUCCCAGAAGCAUGGUUUCUCCAAAUGAAUCUUAACUGGCUGAGUUUCCCGGGGGGGUAUCGAAUCAUUGUUGAAGAUUUCUGGAUCUAAAGUUUGAUCCUUUCUUUUUCCAAAAGUAGCAACUUUUGUGGGUUGGAAUUCAAGUGUGAAUUUCAUUUCAUGUGUCUGUGUUUGAUUCCUGAUUUCAGGGAAACAAUGUUCUUGGAAAAUAAAUAUACAAAGAAUGCCCCCUAAACUA